UAUAAAAGCAGAAGGGUUACACUUAGCAUGAGUUUUUUUGUCAAUUAACUGCCGUGCCUCCAUCCAUAUGCGGCAACAUGCAGUUGCUGAAUACAUUGAGUAACCUACCAGAUGAUGUUCUUAUCUCGGUUUUUUCUUUAUUGUCAAUUAAGGAAGCUCUCAGACUUUCGGUUGUCUCUAAAAGAUUGGCAGCCGUAUGGCGUUUUUCGCUAGUUUUUAAUUUUGAUGGUUUAAAAAUGACGCCAAAUUAUUAUCAUGAUGAUUAUAACGAGAGAUUUUACAAGAAUAGAUCUAAAUAUAUUAAUUCUAUUAAUCAAAUUAUCAAUUCCCAUAAGGGCUCCACCCUACAUGAAUUUAGAGUAAAAUACAUGCUUGAUAUAUUUUGUAUGAAUCAUGUUGACCGUUGGAUUAACUUUGCAUUUAAAAAGAAAGGUAUCCAGACGUUGGAUUUGGAUUUAUCACAAGAUCAUAUUGGCUGGCCUAGCGAACAAUUGUCCCCAAAAUUUCCCCAACAUUGCUGUGAUUAUAUUACAACAAUUGAAGGCACUUCUAAUAUUAAAUUCUUGAAGUUGCUCUCUAUUAGAUCCAUAAAUGUAUCUUCACAUAUUAUCCAUCAUAUUCUCUCGAAUUGUGAAUUUCUUGAACAUUUACAAGUCGAAGGGUCGUAUACUUUGACGACAUUGAAUGUUGUUGGUCGGUCCGUGCUUAGAUUAAAGACUUUGAAAAUCGUCUGUUGUCGGGUCGAAUCGAUGGAAAUUUGCGCACCAAAUUUAGUGACAUUCAAGUACUAUGGAGCAAAUAUGAAUUUUCAAAUUCGGAAUAGUGGUAGUCUUGUUAAUGUGGAUAUUGGUGGGACAACUCAUGUGUGUAUGCCUACUGCAUUUCUCAAACUUUCGAGCUAUCUUUCUGGAUUACGGACUCUCCGUUUGAAUGCUUCAAUUGAACAAAUAACUAAUCUCAAAAAUCUGCCUCAACUGAUUAAUCUUAAGCAGUUGGUGAUCAGUUCGUCCAUAGAAAAAGAAGUGAGCACCCUACUUGGUGUGACUCACUUAAUUAUGGCCGCUCCCUUCUUGCACUCAUUUAGUUUGCAGUUAGGUUUACGAAAGACUGGUGCAACAAAUAGAGUGUUGAAAGCUGCCGAAGGUGUUCAUCGAUGUCUCCAAAUUGUAGAGUUGGUUGGGUUUUAUGGGCGACCUAUAGAUAUGGAAUUUCUGACAUUUUUAAUUGAAAAAGUUGAAUCACUCCACAAGAUUAUUAUUAAUUCAUGUCCAUCACAUCAGCUUCGAUUACCGCCAUCCCAGAAGAAGACAACUCCUAACAAAAAACAGGGAAGGAGAAUGGCAUUUGAGCUCAAGCAAAAAUUAACUUCUUUAGAUAUUAUUAUUCUUUGAUUUGAGUGCUUUGUAAUUUUAUUUUCAUAGCAAUCAUGACACUCAUUAUUGUAUAAAGCAUUUAA